AUGCUGCUUUCCUGGCCAAGAUUCGGCCUCCCGGAACAGACCCAGGUUCAAGUCCCGGACUCAAAGUCCAUGUCUUGUGCGGGCAGCCAGGCUGGCUUACAACUGGGACAGGAGCUGCAGGCUAGCGUGGCUGGGAGGAUGUCCACACUCUGCCCUGGUGCUGGGCAAGGAGGCCUGCAGGGCCAGUCCCUGGGGGCAGGCAGGGACUCAGACGCCCUGGUCUCACGUCAGUGUCCCUCUUCCUCUGUGCACAGUCCCUGGAGCCUGCCCCGCUGGCGAGCUUAUGUGGCUGCUGCUGUUCUCUGCUAUAUCAACCUCCUGAACUACAUGAACUGGUUCAUCAUUGCAGGAGUGCUGCUGGACAUACAGAAGUUUUUUCACAUCAGUGACAGCAAUGCUGGUUUACUUCAGACAGUCUUCAUUGGCUGCCUGCUGCUGUCUGCACCUGUGUUUGGCUACCUGGGUGACCGCCACAGCCGCAAGGCCACGCUGAGCUUUGGCAUUCUGCUCUGGUCAGGGGCUGGCCUGUCGGGCUCCUUCAUCUCGCCUCAGUAUUCCUGGCUCUUCUUCCUGUCCCGGGGAGUUGUGGGUACUGGCACAGCCAGCUACUCUACCAUUGCGCCCACGGUCCUGGCUGACCUCUUUGUGAAGGACCAGCGGACCCGAGUGCUGGCCGUCUUCUACAUCUUCAUUCCUGUUGGAAGUGGUCUGGGCUACGUGCUGGGGUCGGCUGUGACGAAGCUGAUGGGGAAUUGGCGUUGGGCCCUCCGAAUCAUGCCCUGCCUGGAGGUUGUGGCCUUGAUCCUGCUCAUCCUGCUGGUUCCAGAUCCACCCCGAGGAGCUGCUGAGAGGCAGGGGGAGGUGACCGUUCGGGCCCUGAGGAGCAGCUGGUGUGAGGAUGUCAGAUACCUGGGGAGAAACUGGAGUUUUGUGUGGUCAACCCUCGGAGUGACAGCCAUGGCUUUUGUGACUGGAGCGCUGGGCUUCUGGGCCCCCAAGUUUUUGUUUGAGGCCCGUGUGGUACAUGGACUGCAGCUGCCCUGCUUCCAGGAGCCGUGCAGCAGCUGGGACAGCCUGAUUUUUGGGACCCUAACUGUUGUGACCGGCAUCGUUGGUGUCAUCCUGGGGGCAGAGGCUGCCAGGAGGUACAAGAAAGUCAACCCCCGGGCUGAGCCCCUCAUCUGUGCCUCCAGCCUGCUGGCCACAGCGCCCUGCCUCUACCUGGCUCUCGUCCUGGCCCCAUCCACCCUUGUGGCCUCUUAUGUGUUUCUGGCUCUGGGGGAGCUGCUUCUGUCCUGCAACUGGGCGGUGGUGGCUGACAUCCUGCUGUCUGUGGUGGUGCCCAGAUGCCGGGGGACAGCAGAGGCACUUCAGAUCACAGUAGGCCACAUCCUGGGAGACGCCGGCAGCCCUUAUCUCACUGGACUUAUCUCCAGCGCCCUUCGGGCCAGGCGCCCUGACUCCUACCUGCAGCGCUUCCUUAGCCUGCAGCAGAGCUUCCUGUGCUGUGCCUUCGCCGUUGUCCUCGGUGGAGGCUGCUUCUUGCUGACUGCACUGCACCUGGAGAGAGACCAGGCCCAGGCCCGACAGCCUGGCACAGGGACCCUGGAUAGCAAAGAUGUGGACAGCAAUGACAGGGAGACCUAAAACCUGCCUCCUGGCACCACUGCCUCCACAGAGGUCCCCUGAAGCUCCUGCCCUGGAUCAAGAAGGCCUCCUAUGCCUCCCAUGUGCCUCCUGCCGGUGUCUCAGACCACCUUUUGCUGUGACUUGGGGACCCCAGCUGAUCUGCACCUGCUACUUGUUCACUCCCAGCUAGAGAGCUGGCGGGGCCCAAGGGCUGGGCUGGGCUGAGAAUUGAGCUGUCAGCACCCUCUAUGGGAGGCCUGGGCCUACACCUGUGCCUGUGCCCAGCUCAAGGCCCUCUAGCUUAGGUGCUCAGCCUGGCUGCUGGUGGGCCCCGAUUAAAGAAUGGUCAGUACAAAGCCCAUGGAGUUUAGACCUUAGACAAUCCUGUUAUUCUAGCCUCAGGGUAUCUCUGUAGGAAGGGGAAGGGGAGAGGGAGAGGUGGGCAGGCUGAGGGUGCAUGGUGGCCCCUGCAGUGGGGAAACUGAGGGAGCUGCUCAGCUUGGGUCUGUAGGUUCCCCUGCCCUGGAACUCUCACUGUGACCUGGCUCUCCCAGUCUGCAAGGCCACGAGGGCACAGGACACCCGCUGUGUGAAUUCUUCAUCUGAAUAAGAGGUGGUCUUGAAGGUGGGUUUUCACUUGGCUGCUGGUGUAGGGGUGUGGCUUGAAGUGCCAGGGAGCCACUUGAAGGAGGACCCGGGCCUGCGUAGUUGUGGGGCAGCUGUGCUCAAGCCAUGAGGAUACAUUCGUGUGGCUGUGCACGCAGACUCCUGGCUGUCCCGGGCUCUGGGCUCUCUGUGCUCUACCCACAUUCUGACCCCAGCACUGCCCGUGGGGAAGGCCAGCUCUGUGGGACCCACCCACAUCUGCCACUGAGUUCUGAGCAGCUGUUCUCAGCAGGCCUUCUGGAGAUCAACGGCUUCCAGGGGGCCAGCCGUGGGGAGGCAUGUUCUGUCCUCCCAGGAGCCUGAGCUUCUGUCCCCUCCCCUGGAGCCCAGCCAGCAGAUCACUUGCUCAUUUGCUGAUUACUACCUCUGCUGUGCCAGGCUGUGCUUGACUCCCAGCAGCCGUGGGUGGAACAGUGGCCCAUACGCCUGUACAGCCCCUGACCCUCGCCAGCAGCCCCAUCCCUGCUGCCUAGAGUGUUCUCCUUGCCCUCUCUGGCUGGGACAGGCCAAGCCAAAGCUAGACCCUCUAGCUCAGCCCACACUUGCCCCCUGGUCAGCCAUCCCUUGGAAGUGGGCAUCACCUGGCUGACUGGCCCUUGAUCCAUGACUUGACCCCGGAGCUCAUGAAACAGGCUGCCCUGGAGUUAUGAGGAAUCCAUUGAUGAGGUCAGUUGAUUUCCCCUGAGAAGGAGGCAAUCAGCCUGGGCUGGAGCCAGAGUGCCAUGGACCCUCGCAGCAUUCACUGACUGUGUGAUCAGGGCUACCUCUUAUCUCGCUCAGAGCUGCAGCUUUCCCAGCUAUAUUCCAGAGGUGUGUCAGAGGUGGCUUUUCCACUUCAGGCCUUAUGUGAUUUUCACAGAUUGGGUCUUGAUUCACAGAAGCACAGUUCCGGUACCUGAAUCUUUCACUUAGCAGCCCCAGUGGGGUGGAGGGGCUGUGAGGCUCAGGUCCCAGAAUGUGGGCAAGGGGUGCCUAAGAGUCAGAAUAUUCCUCCUCUGCCUUCCCCAUCUGAGUCCAGUGGCUAGGGAGGAAGAUCAGAAAGCUGGGCACAGUGGCAUUCACCUGUAACUCCAGCUACUUGGGGGGCGAGGCAGGAGGACAGCAAAUUCAAGUUCAGCCUGUGCAAUGAGAGAGAGACCCUGUCUCAAAAGAAAAAGGCCUGAGGAUGUAGUUUCAUGGUGGAGUGCCCCUGGGUUCAACCUCCAGUUCUGAAAAAAGAAAGAAAAGAGAAACCUCAUUCUCAUCAAUUCUGCAAACACAUAUUGAUAUUCCUGAGUCUCAUCACAUUUUUUAGGCAGUUAUGGGCUGAGGAUUUACCUCAGCGGCACUGUGCCUGCCUGGAAAACGGAAGGUCUUGAGUUCAACCCCUGGUACCAACAAACAAACAUUUUUAGGCAGCAAAUCAGACUCUGGCCUUUCCCUUGGACCUCACAGCCCAAGGCAGGAUGAGAAAACCCUGGGUUAGGCCAAGUGAGACACUCCUCUGGGCAGAAGGGAUCACAUUCCUCAGAAGCCUUCCAGGAAGUGGCUUUGAUGUUGGUAAGGGCAGGAGGUGAAUCCUCGGUAGAAGGAACGGAACAAAGGUGCAGUGGGUGGGGCAGAAGACUUGUCAUGAAUCAUAGAGGGUUGUGGUGUGGCCAGAAAGGAGGGGAGGGGUGUCUUUGGUGGGGAGCGGAGGCAGGAGAGGCUGGCCGGGACCAGAGGGGCUUUGGAUGCCCACUGAUGGGCUGGGACUUUCAUCCUACAAGCCAGGGCAGCUUCUUCAGACUCAAGUGCAUUACGACACUUGGGGUGCCGACCAGGGCAGGGUGGUACUUCCCAGGGCUCAGCUAGACCGGAGAACUUGAUAGGAUGUUUUCAUCAAAGUGGUUUGGGGCAGGGCUGGAGCUCAGCGACUGGGGGGCCCUGGGAGGGGCAGAGACAAAUCUCUUAUCCUGCAGCCAAGCCAGACCCCCCAGCUUCGCUCAGCUCCUACCUCCUGCCUCUUUGGGGCCAUCACCAUGGGCUGAGGCCCACAGGUGUGAGAGGCCUGGAGAGGCAGGCUACUCAGCUCAGAGUGGAAGAGUCUGGUAAAUAGAACCCAUCUUCUGGCCCCCAAGAGCACUUAUGGGGUAAUCCCAGUCACUCAUACUCUGACUUGUUUGUUGGGAAUGUCAGCAGGAGGAAAAAAUGCUGCUCAGCCGGGCAGGUCCUCAAGCCUGACCCUGCUUACUUCAUAUGUUAAUGACUCGUUCUCAGGUGAGAUAUGGCUGGCGGGUGAGCCUGUCCAUGUGUGAGCACGUGAGGAGGCAUGGAUAGGGUCUUGAUAAAAGCUCUUCUUCCACUACUUCAGGCUUGGGUGAUUGAGCAUGCACAUUUAUAUUCCUGUACCCCAACCCUGGCUUGUUUUUCUGCAGCAUCGGCCACAAGUUUCAUUCCCUGAAGUGUGUGACUUUCCCUUAUGCCUGGGGUGGGCUUCCUGUGAGAUUGUUGAGCCAAUAAAAUCUGCAAAGAAGAGCAGGCAGAGGUCCUGGAGUUUGAGGUUGUUGGAGCUGUGCUUUGUCUCGGCACAGUCAGGGGUGGACUACCACUGGC